AUGAGUCUAAACGCGUAUAAAUCAAUUAAUUCUGACACAAUACAAAAUGGAAUACUUGUCAACGAUAAUAAUAAUUCAAUUAUUGAAGAAAAAUCAUUUGAAGAAGAGAAACCUGUUAAUAUUUCAGUUAUUUCUGACAAUCUAGUUGAAAAUAACAACAAAAUAACCAAGCCGCCUAUUCCUCCUUCAACCUCACUAGAACCAAUGAAAUCUUUUAUCUUAUUGAAUACUCAUGAAAGAGUUACACCUUUAGAUAAAAAUUCUCUCACUUGCCCUCAAUGUGUUGCACCUCAUUCAGUCUAUUACGUUAAGGAAGUAGAUGGUGAAUCAAAAGAAAUUUUUAUUUGUUUAUCACAUGACAAUUAUGGUUGUGGAUGGAAAGGGUACGAUAAACCCAAUGAAGAUAAAAUUCAUGCUCAUAUCGCUGCUACAAUUGCCUCCUCUUCGACUAAGGUCGUAGAACUUGGCUUCGCCGAGCCACCAGAAAUACCACUUACUCCUGAUCUUUUUCCAAGUAAAAUUGGUGGAUUACCUGCAUGGUUAAAUCCUGAACAUAUUUUAUCUGCUGAACAAGUCAGUUGUGAUGUUUGUAAGAAGCCUAUGGUUCUUUUGAUUCAGCUUUAUACUCCAGAAGAUCAUCCGCCUGAAGCUUUUCAUCGUACUGUAUACGUCUUUUGUUGCAAAAAAGGUUCAUGUCAUAAAAUUUCCUGGCAGAAAAGCUUAAAAGUAUUUCGAAGUCAAUUACCAAAAGAUAAUCCGUAUUGGCCAUCACCUAGUGAUAAAACAACAGAUAAUAAUGACAAAAAACCUAAAAAUAAUGAAUUGUCGAAUAAAUUUGUCACUGAAAAAGAUAAGUAUUCAAAGGCUCUUGUUCCAGUAGGUGAUGAGAUAUAUGAAAAUACUAAAGUUGGAGUAGACAAAGCAUUUUUAAAAUUUCAAAAAAAACUUGAAAGGGAUCCUGAUCAAGUAUUAAGAUAUGCUAGAUUGGAUUAUCAAAAUGAAAACAAUCCUCCUCCAUUAUGGGUUAGUGAUACUGGUAAAUCAAUGCCUGAAGACAUAAGUCAUUGUUUAUAUUGUAAUCAAGAGAAAACUUUUGAAUUCCAGGAAUCACUUGAUUGGGGUACAAUACUUGUAUAUAGUUGUAAAGAUAAUUGUCAUGUGAAGGAUAUGUAUUACAUUGAAGAAUUUAUAUGGAGACAAGAUUUUAGUGACGAAGGUGUAAAUUGGAAAAGAUGA